ACUUGAGCCACCCGUCUGCGCUGAGUGUACUACACACCUACUCCGUACCAAGCCUACGCCAGUGUUCAUUUGCGUCCACCUGAUACACCUUUCAGCCACGCCCCUCGCCCUUGCCCCUAGUACUACUCAUCAACACCUGCAAUACCACAUCUCCACCCCGCCCCUUUACGCGCCUUUCCUCCUCGUCCUCGCUCUCUCGAUCUUGCCAUCCGUCAACCGACGCGUCCAUCUCGAUAUCCCUAUCCGCUAGCUCGCCGUAAUUGAGACCGUCUCUCCCCUCGCCCUUUCCGUCGCCCUCAUAUUCACCUUAUCUUAACACGACGCACGGAGACUUUGUCGCGUCACCGCUCACGUGUGCGCGCCGCCGACAACAUGUCCACCUCUCCUCAAGGUCACGCGAGCGGCGCGGCCUCCCUGUCCGCGUACGCUAGCAAGUUUCUAGCUGGAAGCCGAUCGGGUGGCGACGGUUUGGAUUCGCCGCAGCCUUCGCGCUCGACAUCGCCGCCUCACCCCUUCCUCCCAUCCCCCACGCCCUCGGAAACACGCUCUCGACUCACGGAGUCGCGCACACCUUCGCCACCUGGGACGCCACCGUUCCCAGGGCCUGGCCUUGACGGCAUCCCCUCUAUCAGCGACAUGCAAGCCAGCAGCGUUGAUCAAAGUGGGAUCGGUGUUGGUUUGCUGUUCGAUGCACCUGGCGGCAGCCAAGCAGUGCGUCGCGAUAGCCGUCCCGCUCGCCAUGCACACAUCCCCGAUCCCUAUGGUGUAUCGUCCGACAGCGAGGGCGAGUUGGAGCCCGACCUCGACCAGGUCGCCAAAGUGCGACGCUCGCUCCUCAAGCCGAACCCUCCCGCUCCAAAGGAUGGCCGAAGUCGUAAAGGAUGGCUUGCACAUCAGAGCGUCUUCCCGCCGUCUUCCUCCUCGAGUGAAGCAUCAGAGAGUGAUAAGGAGACGGAAGAUGAGAGCAUUGUCAACGGCUCUGGUCUGAUGGGUCGAUCUCGUCGAUUGCCUACACUCGCAGCACCCAACCCCGACUCCACGGCUUAUCAAGAUGCACUUAACGAGCCGCUUCUAGGUCCAGAUGAGAUUGCGCAGUUGACGACGAGGGUGCCGGUGCGUCUACAGGUCUACCGUGGCCGAUUUGCGCACUGGGAACGAGAGGGUUUGCGCAAGUACAAAGAUCCGGCCUUCCUGGCACUCUGGCUUACCACGCUACUGGGCGUCCUGUUCAGCUUGCUGUUCGUGUGGGGCUCCAGCGAUCCACCUCCAGGAGUUCCGCGACGUGGUCCACCGGUGCUCUCCCUUCUGCCCAUGUUGAUGGCGCUUUUGAUCCCUACAUUUAUCCUUCCACCCGUCUUCCUCUUCCUCCUCCACAACACUGUCCGCCCCGUGCUGGUCGCCACUGCCGGGGCCAUCCCCUUCUCGCUCUUCAUCUGUGGAUGGUGGGCGCUGGGAGCGAGCUUCGAGGGCGUGGACGACAUCGAGAGAGGCGAGCGCUGGUGGGCUACUACAGGCAUGCGCCUCUUUGCUGUUGCUCUCUGGAUCGUCGCUGCGCUAUUUGCGCGGCUGGUGUGGGUGCGCCGUCGGCGGCUGGCGCAGACCGUAUCGGUUGUCGAGCUCUCGACGAGCCUUCUCCUACGGCACCAGCCUCUACUCGUCCUCACUCCUCUCCUCUUAGUUGUCUUCGCCGUCACCUCUAUUCCUUUCAUGACCUUGCUUAUCCGGCUAGGCAUGUACGGCUAUUGGCGUCAGCCUCGCGAGGGGACAUGGGCUUUCCACCUUCAGCCAUGGGCUGGGUGGCUCAUUGUCAUCGUAACGCUCGUCUGGUUGUGGACUUGGGGCGUGAUACGAGGUGUUGGCCGCGUCGCUGUCGCGGCGGUCGUCGGCGAAUGGUACUUCCAUCGUGGAGACGGUGUUGAGCCUUUCGAGAUCACUUUGGCUGCUGUCCACCGCGCAACCGGCCCCUCCCUCGGGAGCGUCUGUCUUGGCUCGCUCAUCGUCGCCACAAUGCGCUUUAUUGGCCGCACAGCCGCCGAGAUGAAGCGUAUCACCUCGCCGCGCUCCAGGGUCCUGCCGAACGCCUUGUCAUUCUUGUCGAGCCUCACCCCCAUAUUUUCUAUUAUUGCGAGCGUACUGGACCAGGCCAACAGCUACGCUCUCGUAUACGUGGGCGUGACGGGAGAGCCGUUCUGGCCCAGCGCACGCCGAGCGGUGGGCCUGACGAACCGCAGGAACAGUGGCAAACUGCUUGACUAUACUCUCAUCAAGCUUCUUCUUACUUUGAUUUCUGCCGCAACUGGACUCUUCACCGCGACGAUGGGGUAUCUCUACAUGACUCACAGCCUUGGGCGGCCCGGCUACGCUCCGCUCGCUGCUCUGCUGUGUGGCGGGGUGCCCUUCGUCGCGAUGCGUGCAGCCACAGCUGUGUUGGCUGACGCCGCCGACGCACUCUUCAUCUGCCAUCAGAUCGAUGGCGAGACAGGUGGCGGCCACUGCGACGAGGCAAAGGAUGCCUUCGAGGGUGCGACGUUCCGCGACGACGCGAUCGUGUAAGGUUAUCUCGUGGCGAUACAUAGAAGUCCGUGUAAAGCGAAGUUUGGAAGCGUUGUACGCGCUUGUUGCCAGAUGUCCCAUAUGUACGAUACCUAUUUGAG